GAAAACCUCUCUGGGUAUUUAUUGUUUUGUAUUCUGACUGUAGUAGGAAAUGUUUCUGGUUACCCUGAUGGACAGGUCAGUUCGUCUUGUAUUUCAAUGCAGCCAAGCCAUGGUGCCAAUGCACAAACAAGUACACCUCCAUACAGUAUAAAUGUACAGAAGACAAACUACAGUGAAGGAGAUAAAAUUACAGUUACAAUCCAAAGUAACAGUGGACAAACAUUUAAAGGAUUUCUGUUGCGGACUACAACAGCUACAAAAGAUGCACCGAUUGGCACAUUCAUCAACACUGACUCCUCAGCUCAGGCUAUCUCUUGCAACAGUAUAUCGGGUGGUGCUGCGAGUCAUACUUCUAAUUCGGUAAAACAGAAGGUCGAAGUGCAGUGGUUAGCACCUCAGAGUUCUGACGAUGUGCAUUUUAAAGCCACUGUUGUACAGUCUAAAAGAAUAUACUGGUCCAAUAUUCUUGGUCCAACACUAAAGAGUACCAGGCAAGGUACUUCUGGAUCAUUACAAAUGCAAUCAGUGACUUCUGCUCCAGAUUUGAUCUCUAGAGAUGGUUGCAGCACAACCAAAUUCUGUUUUACCAGCCCAUCUGGAUGUGAUCCCUUGUCUGAUUCAAGCUGUUAUUUCAUGUCCUCUGCUGCAGUUGACACUGAUGGCUUGCGUAUUGAAAUAAGUGGUCCUUCCACAGGAUAUAUGGCUGUUGGUUUCUCUGAUGACCAGAAAAUGGGGAAUGAUGACAUCUAUAUAUGUCUCUAUCAAAAUGGAAAUAUUAUAGUUCAGCAUGCAUAUUCUACAGGAAGAUCUGACCCAACAGUUUUAACACUGAGCAAUGUCGAUAACAUUGUGACAUCUUUCAACAAUGGUAUAAUCAAAUGCAGUUUUAUCACAAGAAAUCAAAUAUCAACGCAACAAAGAGCCUUCACAGAUAUGUACUACGUAUUUCUUGCUAAAGGGCCAGUUGAAAGUGGAAAGAUUGGAAAACAUUCUGAAGAUCCUUUCAAAACAGCAGACAAAGUAAACAUCACUGGCUUUCAAGAAUCUUCAGAUAACAGCAAUGGAGAACCUUCUAUCAUUAAAGCACAUGGUGCUCUCAUGUUGAUAUCUUGGAUGACAACUGGAAGUAUUGGAAUGCUGAUGGCGAGAUAUUUUAAGGAAGCUGCAAAAAAGCUUGUUGGUGGAAAAGCAAUUUGGUUUCAGGCACAUUUGUCACUGAUGAUACUCACUGUGGUUGCAACAGCAAUUGCAUUUAUACUGGCAUUUGCUGAAGUACAGGGAUGGAGUUAUGACACAGGAGCACAUCCUGUUCUUGGUUGCAUUGUCAUGGUUCUUGCUCUAAUUCAACCAUUUGUAGCUAUCUUUCGACCUGCACCACAAAGCAAAAGGAGACCCAUCUUCUAUUGGUUUCACGCUCUAAAUGCCCUGGUGAUAAAGGUCCUUGCAGUGGCUACAAUAUUUCUAGGGCUUCAGCUGAUUGACUCUUCUUCAAACAGGUGGCUUGCUAAGGUCAUGGGAGGCUUUGUAGGCUGGGAAGCACUGAUGUUUAUUCUACUCGAUACAGAUGUUAUAUGCAAAAAGAAAGAAAUUUAUCAAGAACCAGAGAACACGAUGAAACAUGAAAUUCUCCUGUUAAUUAUCUAUGUGUGUGGAAACCUGGCUUUUUUGAUAGCUCUUCUAGUAGGGAUUGGGCAGUCAUAAUAUAAUGAACUCCAGGAUUAUGUCAAGACUAAGGAAGCUCAUCUUUUUGCUACAAGAUUGGAAUUUUUGGAAAGAUACCAUCCAUAAUGAAAUACUUCAGUCAUUCAUAUCUAUACCACAGGUUGUAAGCUACAGCUUGAAUUAAGAAAAUGAACAGUUUGUCUACAAAGUUCCCAUACAGAGAAAAUGAAUCGUAUGCCAGCAAUGAAUAUUCAGCUGUACAAUAUGAAUCCCAGUAUUUAACAUCUGAUGCUUUGUUAUGUAUAUGAUUUAUUUGCUGCAUAUGCAAUAAUUUUACAAUGUUACUUUAAUUUAUCUAACAAAGGUACACAUAAAGGUAUUCAAAAAUUUCAUCAAGCUUUUCACGCUCUACAGCUCUUCCAUACACUUGGAUGUACAAUGAAAGUCUGAAAUUUCUGAGUAAACCAGUCACAUAUUGCUGGCAAAUAUCCAGAGACUUUUUCUACACUAUAAUUUUGUUGACCAAGCUGUAAUAAGAAAUUAAUACUGAGAUGUUGAAAUUAUGGCUUGUAAACUGAUAUUUCAAAAUGAACUUGGAUUUGUACACUAAUGAACUUAUACAACUGAUGAAAAGUAUGAGGAAUGAAAAACAGUAAUUAUUGUUUAUUUUAUAAAAAACAGAUAAAGCAUAUUGUGUGUUUUAAUCAGAAUAUCAGUUACAUUUUUUCAUAGGGUGUUUUAUCUGUAUAAGUGGAAACUGCUAAACAAAGACAAACUCAAUAAUGAAAAUAUUUAUGUUUAUGAAAAAUGUUCUUGUUCUUCUCAUGAACAACUGUUACGAUUUUCUAAGACUUAUUUAUUACAGUGCAUGGUAUAAACUUUUAUAUUGCUGAGAGUUUUUCUUCAGUUGUCCCUCUGGAAAUUGCCUAUAAGAAUGGAAACAGCCCUCAUAACAUAUUUUAAUAAACAAACUGGAGCCUUCA